AUGUCACGCGCCUCCGCGGGCUUUGCAGACUUCUUCCCAACGGCGCCCUCUGUCCUGCAGAAAAAGCGCAGCAAAUCCAGCCAGGAUCGUCAGAAGGGCAAAGGAGCCUGUGAUGCUUCGCCUUCUUCCGUCGCCGGCUCCGUUGCUGCUACCGAGCACGAUGGUGGGGGUUUCUGUGCUAUCGCUAACGGACAUGAUUCCCUCUCCCCUACGGACGCUGCAGCAGCAACGACGACGACGGCUACGACAGACGCAGCGGAUGCACUGGAUGCAGCAGCGGACUCGCAGCCGGUAGCUAAUGGCGAGGGACAGGGCCAUGUCACCCCCAGCACGAACAGGAUCGGCUCGUCCAGCUCUACGGCUACUGAGUCGUCCGUCUCCAGCUGUACCUCUGGCGGCCCGUCUGCAGGUACUACUCUCAACGGGAUAUCGAAUUACGCUCUCACCCCCCUCACAAACACCGACUCUUCCCCCCCGCGUAAGUCCGGUAGCCCAAUGCUUCCCAAACCGGCCGGGGUCGACACAUCUCACGACCAUCCUGUGCGCUCAAAGAGGAAUAUAGACGAUGCCAAGGCCGCCGUCACUCCCAUACACACUCCCCCGUCUCCCCGGCGGCAUCCUCGCCCGGCUGGAAAUGCUGCAAAGGGGUAUAAGCUGGUCUACGAUCCGGAUCUGGACAAGAAGACCCCGUCCAAGGACAAGCGGCAGAAACCCCAGUAUGCGGCCUUUGGAGAGGACGAGACGGAUGCCGAGCAGGCUGCUUCCUCUGAUCCUCGACGGGCAAUCGCAAACUACACUCGCGGUGCCGGAAGCAAACAGAAGACGAAAUAUCGACCGAUUCCAUACACGCUCAAGUCAUGGCCUUACGACCCAGCCACCUCCAUCGGGCCUGGCCCGCCAACCCAGAUCGUGGUGACCGGCUACGACCCAUUGACCACGAUCGCGCCCAUCAGCGCCUUAUUCUCCAGCUUCGGAGACAUAGCCGAGAUAGAUAACAGGACCGAUCCGACUACCGGCCGCUUUCUCGGCGUAUGUUCAAUAACUUACAAGGACAGCAGGUCGUUCCGCGGUGGCUCGCCGUUCUCGGCAGCCCAGUCGGCGAGAAGAGCAUACAUGGAGUGUAAAAAGGAACAGCGCAUCGGCACACGGCGCAUCAGAGUCGAGCUCGACCGCAAUUCCACCGCCUGCCAUCGCAUCGUCGCAAAGUUAAUCGCAAUCCAGAAACAGGAACAGCUUGCCUUGUUUGAACAGCAGAAUAAAGCCGCCGAUAGCGAUGCCGGCAGCCAAACCACCAGGAAACCAGAUAUCAAAAGCGCAAUUCCUCCACCACCCAUCGGGCCCAAGGCGGAUGUCGAGAUGACACUGCCCAAGGAUAACGUCCCACCUCCUACUGCGCCCAAGGGCCCGUCCGGAAAAUCCUCCCUACAUCCUGCGCUACAACUACAACCUCCCGAGGGGCCCCGCGCCAUAAUAAAACCUCCACCCGCCUCUCUAGUCGAAGAAACCCCGAUCCUAGACCAGAUUAAACGAGACCCUUAUAUCUUCAUAGCACACUGCUACGUUCCCGUCCUCAGCACGACAGUCCCGCAUUUAGAACGACGGUUGAAAUUGUACGAUUGGAAAUCUGUCCGCUGCGAUAAAACCGGAUAUUAUGUACUUUUUGAAAAUUCCCGCCGCGGCGAGCUCGAGUGCGAACGAUGUUUUCGAGGAUGCCAUAUGACCGCCUUGUUCACAUACGUCAUGAAUAUGGAGUGUCAACAAUACGGCAACCCUACGUACGAACGCAGCCCGAGCCCCGAACGAGUCAAGGCCGAACAACAGGAGAAAUCAGAAAAGUCGCGACUAAAGCGGGAAACAGAACUCGAUGUCGAAGAAGAGAAGAGGCUUCGGGCGGAAAAUGUUGAUCCAACUACUGAAGUCGUUGCCAUUGCUGUUCGUGAGUUGAGGGAUAAAUUACUUGAGGAUAUCAAGACCCGUAUCGCUGCCCCGGCGCUCUAUGACUUCCUCGAUCCGGAUAGACAUCGUGCGAAGAGACAGAAACUUGGAAUUGCCGACCCCGAAGGAGCGAAGAGACCAACCUUUCAUCUCGACGCUGCUGUUGGAGAGACCACCAGCGAGUCACGGAACAGCCCUGCACCAUCGGGCGUGGCUUCGAAGAACGUACUCUCUCUACCCCGUAUCAGGAAAGCUCGCGACUUUGAGCAGAAUAACUCUGCCUUUGUGGAUGAGCGACGACGUCGUCCUGUGCGCCGAAGAGAGUUCAGACCACUCUACCACCGUCUUCAGCAACUUCAUGAUGAAGAUGAUUCGGAUGAUGAGCAGCAGACUUCGUUCACGCGGGAUACGGAAGAGCAAGAAAGUCGACCGCUCAGUCGCCUUAGUAUGAAAUCGAGCGAAGGAGAGAAUGACGAUGACCAGCUUCGUGGAUCAUUGGUACCCAGCGUCUCAGGAUUUGGAGACUCAGGCCUCGACUCAGCCGGUAUCAAGGAUGAGUUGGAUGACCUUGAUCGCGAGAUGUUGGGUGAAGGAGGCGAUGAUGAGCAGUUGGCUGGGGCGUCUCCGUUCUCGAAGAAGCGGAAACGUCUCAGCAUGGAAUUAUUGGAAAUGGAGAAACGGCGGAAAAGGGAUGAUGAGCUGUUUGGUGUCGAUACUUCGCAUGUCGUUGGUGAUCUUGGUCAGGAACCAGAUGAUCUAUCGAACAUGUCUCUUGUCGUAGACUCUCAGCCAUUGACCAAGGGCAAGGGCAAAAAGCCUAAGAAAAAGACCAAGAAGCAGCUACUUGAAGAGAAGAAAGCGCUUAAAUUGGCUGAACUUGAGGCGGCCGAGGAUCUCGUUUCCAAGGUUGAUAUCUCGCUUGACGUCACGCCUAUUGAAGAAGAGAUCGAGCCUGAAGAGAAAGAGGAGGAAGAGGAGUAUGUUAAGCCCGAAGUCGAAUGGGGUCUGUCGACAACUGAGCCUAAGGCAACUGUGGAGGACGAUGAGAGCAUCGUUCUUGAUCUUGACGGCUGGCAGAACCUGGUCAAGGAUGCAGAGGAUCUUCGAUUCCUACGAGAAGCACUACAUGCCCAAUCUACUUUUGACAUUAAAAACGUCACAGCAUGGGCCUGGAACCGGAAGGAGAUCAAAGCUAUCAAUAGCCGUGGUGCACGAGGCCCUGUCCGUUCUGAACUCAAGAUAGAAGGCUACUACGUCCCCAACCCCACAGGCUCAGCUCGAACGGACGGACGAAAACGUAUCCUCGAAUCUGAAAAAUCCAAAUACCUCCCUCAUCGCAUCAAGGUCCAAAAAGCCCGCGAAGAGCGUGAGGCACUCGCCAAAAACGAUCCGCAGGCCGCUGCCGAUGCCGCCCGCGUCCUAGCAGCCAAAACAAUCUCCAAAUCCACCUCCAGAUCCAACCGAGUCAACAACCGUCGUCUAAUCGCUGACAUCAACGCUCAGAAACAGGCAAUGCCCACUCAAAGUGGCGAAGGCGAUGUACUACGCUUCAACCAGCUUAAGAAACGUAAGAAGCCAGUCCGCUUUGCUCGCUCUGCGAUCCAUAAUUGGGGUCUAUAUGCCGAAGAAAACAUCACUGCCAAUGAUAUGAUCAUCGAAUACGUUGGUGAGAAGGUCCGACAGCAAGUUGCGGACAUGCGUGAACGUCGAUAUCUGAAGAGCGGCAUUGGAAGCAGUUAUCUGUUCCGUAUUGAUGAGAAUACUGUCAUCGAUGCAACGAAACAUGGUGGCAUUGCGAGGUUUAUCAAUCACAGCUGUACCCCGAAUUGUACUGCCAAGAUCAUCAAGGUCGACGGCAGUAAACGUAUCGUCAUUUAUGCCUUGAGAGAUAUCGAGCGAGAUGAAGAAUUGACAUACGAUUAUAAAUUCGAGCGAGAAUGGGACAGUGACGACCGUAUUCCUUGUCUCUGCGGCUCAACGGGCUGCAAGGGAUUCCUCAACUAA